GAGGGGAGGACUGGAUUAGUAAGCGGUGGUCCGUAGAGGGAGACGCGAGGAGUCGGGUUUCAGCUUUGCGGGGGCCCCUUGAGUCCCGACGUACUGAGCUGCCUUUGUUUGACUGGGAACCAGAGAGAGAGAGAGAGAGAGAGAGAGAGAGAGAGAGAGAGCAAGAGAGGAGGAGGAGAGUCAGAGGCUUUUAGUUUGGAGCGUGUGUGAGAGGGAGGCAGAGUGGGCUCCAUCUCUCUCUCCCUCUUUUACUAUCACUAUCACACAUGAACAGGACGACUUUAGUUUGGAUCUAAGCUCACCGUCACUGAAGAUGACUUCACGCAUUCCUCCCUGGUUUGUUGGAUUAUUUCUACUAGUCCUCCGGCUCUGCUGCCGACGUUCCUCUGCCUAUCAGCUACUGGACGACCGUGGUUCUCAGGGAUCCUUGGACCUGACAGAGUUGAUCGGUGUUCCCCUACCCCCCUCCGUCUCCUUUGUUACGGGCUUCGAGGGUUACCCUGCCUACAGCUUCGGCCCGGAUGCCAAUGUUGGCCGCCUCACCAAGUCAUUCAUCCCUGAUCCAUUCCACUAUGACUUUGCCAUCACAGUCACGGCUAAACCCACCACGAGACAUGGUGGCGUGCUGUUCGCCAUUACGGAUGCUUACCAAAAAAUUGUACACUUGGGUAUAGCGUUGUCUGAAGUGGAGGAUGGUUCCCAGAGAGUCGUAUUGUACUACACUGACCCAGGAACGACAGAUGGAACCCAGGAAGCUGCUUCCUUCAAGAUGGGAGACCUGACAGGAAGAUGGGCGAGGUUUACCCUGACUGUACAGGGAGCUGAGGUGCGUCUCUACAUGGACUGUGAGGAAUACCACCGAGUUGACUUCAUCAGAAGCCGUCGGCCUCUGACCUUCGAGGCCAGCUCAGGGAUCUUUGUAGGAAACGCUGGGGGUACAGGCCUGGCGAGGUUUGUGGGCUCCAUUCAGCAGCUGGUGUUAAAGUCCGAUCCCACGGCCCCAGAUGACCAGUGUGAGGAGGACGAUCCUUAUGCCUCUGGAUACGGAAGCGGUGAUGAUGCUUAUGAAGACGUUGAGGGAAAAGACGAAGUAAAGAAGAUUGUAGAGGAGAGAGAGUAUAACAUGCCCUUCCCUGAGUCGGACCCAAUUUACAGCCCCCCAGUCCAAGCUCCGCCCACUGAGAUGCCAAUAGGUUAUGAUGAUGAUGAUGAAGAUAUAGAGGAGAUUUCUGGACAGGGGAUGGAGAUGACCACAGUUACAGUAAUGUCACCUCAGACAGCUACUCCAGCCUCCAUACUUGACACUUCCCUCCAGGUGUCUCAGGGACAGAAAGGGGAGCGAGGUGAACCAGGUCCAGCAGGUCCUCCAGGAGCCCCCGGCCCUCCAGGACGAUCCUCAGGAGGGGGAGAUGGAGGGGAGCCGGGACCCCGGGGCCCACAGGGACCACAGGGGAAUCCAGGCCCACCUGGAGUUCCUGGGACAGAUGGACAGACUGGAAGCAAAGGUGAAACUGGUGUCCCAGGAGAGAGUGGGAUUCCAGGAUUUCCAGGGCUUCAGGGAGAGCCUGGACCUAAAGGAGACAAGGGUGAUCCUGGUGUUGGAUUACCAGGCCCUCCAGGGCCACCUGGACCUCCAGGUCGACCUAGCAAGUCUGCCAUGUUCAUGGAGGGGUCAGGAUUUGAAGACUUUGACGGCGAUGAGGAGAGAGAGAUUAUUAGGGGGCCUCCAGGGCCUCCCGGGCCUCCUGGCCCCCCAGGGGAGCCGGGGUCCUCAGGAGCCUCAUCUGGAGCCUCAUCUGGGGAGAUCUUUCCUGGACCACCUGGGGCUCCUGGGAAAGAUGGAGAGAAUGGUGAACCUGGACUCCCUGGAGUCGAUGGAAAAGAUGGGGAUCCAGGGUCUGCUGGGGAAAAGGGAGACAAGGGAGAGCCUGGUGUGAGCGGCCCACCAGGAACAAAGGGAGAUCAGGGUCCUCCAGGGUUUCCAGGCCUUCCAGGGUCAGAGGGAACAGAAGGGCAGCCUGGUCCUAGGGGUCCACCUGGCCCUCCUGGGCCCCCAGGCCCCCCUACAAGAGGCUUGGCCUUUGACUUUGAGGACCUGGAAGGAUCUGGUAUUCAGAGUGGAUUUGGACCUGUGCUGUCUAGAGGCCCACAGGGUCCUCCAGGAAUACCUGGACUUCCAGGAUCCAAGGGUGAAGAUGGUUUGAAGGGCUCUGCGGGAGUGCCAGGGCAAAAGGGGGAAGCAGGUGUUACAGGACCACCAGGGCUUCCAGGGCUGCAGGGAUUAAAAGGGGAAGAGGGACCAAAGGGGGACACAGGUGACCCAGGACAAAAGGGGGAGGCUGGACUGGAUGGGUUCAGUCUACCUGGUCCUCCAGGGCCACCUGGACCCCCAGGACCCAUUGUCAACAUCCAGGAUCUUCUUCUUAAUGACACAGAUGGUACCUUCAACUUCUCAGGGAUUUUUGAGGCUCAGGGACUCGCUGGACCACAGGGUCCAAAGGGUGACAUUGGGUUGCCAGGUGUUCAAGGGCCACCAGGGCUGAAGGGUGAAAAGGGUGAGCCAGGAUUUGUCGUCGCAGCAGAUGGAUCCACGAUGUCAGGCCUGCCUGGUCCAAUGGGACCCACAGGAGCGAAGGGAGAUAUCGGUAUAACUGGACCCCCUGGAAUUCCAGGGCCUAUGGGACCACAAGGACCCAAGGGAGAAUAUGGCUUUCCUGGAAGACCUGGUCGUCCAGGCCUGAUGGGACCUAAAGGAGAGAGAGGGGACUCUUUUGGCAUGCCGGGACUUCCUGGCCCUCCUGGGCCACCGGGCCGCCCAGGAAUAUUCAACUGUCCCAAAGGAACAGUGUUCCCCAUCCCUCCCAGACCCCACUGCAAAAUGGCUAAUUUUUCGAGGAUGGCUCUAAAAUAUUCCUGCAUGCUGCAUGUCCAGUCUGGAAAGGUGAAGGCAUAUUGCCAAAACCGAUAUGAGCUUAAUCCCAAUGGAACUAUUGCAAUUGGCAACUGUCAGAUGGGACUAAAGGGAGAAAAGGGAGAGAGAGGACUUCCUGGGGUGCCGGCACAAUCAAACCCAUUUCAGCCCAGAGGAGGCUGGGGGGAGAGAGGUGAACAAGGCAUCAAAGGAGAGAAGGGAGACAAGGGGGAGGCUGGGUUACCCGGGCGACCAGGUAUCCCUGGGAGACCAGGACCUGUGGGACCCAAAGGAGAGUCGGUAGUUGGCCUUCAAGGCCACGCUGGAGUGCCAGGCUCACCAGGAAUCCCAGGUUAUGGCAGACCAGGUCCUGUUGGCCCUCCUGGGCCACCAGGGCCUCCAGGACUCCCAGGGUCACUCCCAAGAUAUGGCUCAGCUGUGACCAUCGCUGGCCCCCCUGGACCACCUGGACCUCCUGGACCUCCUGGAACUUUGGGUAGCUCAGCAUCUCUGAAAACAUUUUCUACCCGUGAGAGUAUGAUGCAGCAGACCGCCAGGGAUGCAGAGGGAACUCUGACGUACGUCACAGCGACAGGAAGUCUCUUCCUUAAGGUUUCCCAGGGAUGGAAAGAGAUACAGCUUGGCAGUCUGAUCUACCUCUCCAAUAACAUUAUACCACAAGAUGAGCCUCGAGUUGCAUAUCAGAUAAGAGGAAACACAAUGGAACGAGUACAAUCAGUUAAAGAAAGGCUCAACCUGGUGGCCUUGAACCAGCCCCACUCAGGGGACAUGAUGGGGCUCGACACCGCUGACCGGAUGUGUUAUGAGCAGGCCAAGGCGAUGGGCUUGGCUCCAAACUACCGUGCCUUCGUUUCUUCCCACAGGCAAGACCUGGUCCAUGUGGUCUUUCCUGGUUUCAGGGAUACUUUGCCAAUUACAAACCUUAGGGGAGACGUGAUGUUUAGGAAUUGGCGUUCAAUUUUCAGCGGCGACGGGGGGCCAAUCGGUGCCAGGAUACCCAUCUACUCCUUUGACGGCCGGGAUGUUUUAGCUGAUCCCUUCUGGCCUCAGAAGAGCAUCUGGCAUGGCUCCAGCAGCAGGGGUCUUAGAGUGGUGGACAAACAUUGCGAGACGUGGCGGGCGAACCACAUGUCUGUCAUGGGUCAGUCAUCGAGCCUGACCUCAGGUCUGCUUCUGGGCCAGCAGACGAGGAGUUGUUCCAACCAGUACAUUGUCCUUUGCAUCGAGACCCACAAAACCCUUUAAAUCCCCCCCCCCCCCUCCCAAUACCACUCUACCAUGGAGCCCCUCCCAGCCACCUUAAAUAUUAAACACUCGGGGAUGAAAAUUGAGUGUCUUUUGAUAUGGAAAUUCCACGCUUUUAGAAAAGGACGUCUCCAUUGGUGCUACGUGUAGCAUUUUGUGGUUUUAAAAACACAAGACCACAUUUUGACACCCUGUUGCUUUCUUUCGCAAAGAGGAUGUUACUACUUGUCUCCCUCCUCGCUCUUCUGAUCUGUGUUCUUUCUGAAGAGUGAGAAGAUGGUAAAGAGGCAGUAACAAACUCUUGACAACAGCCAAUAUCUAAGGUCAGCUAACAUGAAGUCGAUGCUACACUGUGGAACUGGGAUAAUGUUGUGGGUUGCUUGCAAAGCAGAUUCACAACCCUUUGAAUUUCCCUUUGCAAUGUAAAGCAAUAAAGAAGGUUUCCCAUUGAUUCCAACUUGGUGGCACAUAAUAUAAAAUGCAGCAUGGAGGCUGAUGGAGGCUGCCAGUGUUCUUAGCAAUAGUCAUAUUUAUUUGUGGCAAUAAUGCUAAUGUCUCAAAGUAAAUGUGGUAAUGAUUUAUCAAUGUUAAAAUACGUAUACGCAGCACCUUUAACCUUUAUUUGAGAGAAGUGGGCUAAACUGCAACUGCAGUGACACACGUGUGCCACUUUACAAGAAACAAGCAUAAUAACGUGUGUUGUAUUUAUGGCGGCGUCCCCAAAUUGUCACCCAGAUGUGUUAAAUGUGUCUUUGUUGUUUAUUAGACUGAAAGUAGAGACCGAGGACACAAUGGCCACAGGAAAUGUGGCAGUUUUUACAAAUUUCCAAAGACAUUUGUGAUGCAUAAAGGGCUACUUUCACUGUUUUGUUUACAGGUUGUCAUGGAGAUUUAUUUUUAAGAGUUUUGAAAAUUUCAGAAGUUUACUCAAACUUUUAAGGGCCAGAACAUUGUUUCCACAAUUUUCCCUCCACCAGACAACCAGUGUUGCCACCAAAGUAAUUUUUGAUGCACUGUACUUCAUUUUUUAAAAAAAUAUUUUCUAGUUCAACAUUUUCAUCCUUGAACGCGGUGUUUGUGUUGUAUUUUUUUUUUCCGACGGUGAACUCACUUCUUAGCAGCUCUUUGUCUCAAUAGGCUAUUUAAUUUAAAUUCAUUGAUUUAUUUAUACCGUCACAGCACAUAACAUGAAAUCAGAUGAAUAAAUUUAAGAAUGUAAUUUAUCGUUUGUUGUUUGUCAAAUGACUGUUUCUUUUCACUUUUUGCCUCUUUUUCUAUCUUUUUUUGUACAGUUUUUUUUUUUUUAUUAAAUUCAGAGAUUUCUGGAGAAUGUUGACAACAGUCUGAAUUAAAUUCCAUCUAGUAGAGAAAUGCCAUUCAAACAAGAAAUACAUUUUUGUGUUGAAAAAAUGUAGAAAAAAAAAAAUUCCAAGGGCAAAAGUGAGAGCACAUGUUUUGUAUAAAUAUUGGUGCUUUGUUGAAUAAAGUUUUCUCUUUUCAUAA